AAAUUACUUAAACCGUUUUGAGCGGGUGCCUCGAAUAGACGACUUUAUAUUAUACCUGAGAGUAAUCGCUGUUGUUUUUGUAGCGCAGUGGGUUUUUGAAUGUUUAUGAUUAAAGGAGACACGGGGCCAGAAGAAGACCUCAAGUGAACUGUUAGGCUUGUUUUUUCCCCCCAUAACAAAAGGGACGCAGCCAUGAGUUCCCUGCCGGAAGCCACGCGUUCCCUCGUGCAGGUGUUCAACGGGAAGCUGCAGGAGUUCACCAACGAGAUUGAGAAUAUUCACAUGGUAUGGCUGGAAGAGAUUCAGCAGGAGGCUAAGCGCAUGUUCUCCAGCGACUUCAGCACAGAGCCAGAGCUUAUGCCAAAGACUCCAUCGCAGAAGAAGACAAACCGCAGGAGACGCGUGUCCACAGAGCUCGGUGAAGCUCGUAGCAAAAGACGUUUCUCUAAGGGGAAGCGCAGUAACCUGCGACGUUCCUCAGUCCAGCUCACUCUAAAUUCAAUCUCUGAGUUGGUGGUUACACAAGCCCCCAAUGACAGUACUGACAGUGUGGUCGAGGAGCCUGCUCGCCGCACACGCCGCAACAAAGCCGCUGCGGCUGCAGACAGCGAGCCGGUCAAACGUAGCACACGCAACAAAGCAGCUGCCAAGGCAAAGGAGCAGGCUGAGAAGGUGGAGGAGGUGCUGGCAGCUGCUCCACAGUCACCUGAGAAUGUUGCAAAGGAAAAGGAGCACUCGGUAGAGGAGUCGAGCAGCUCUUCAACUUCAGUGCAGACACUGGUGUCUGAGGCUGUGGUGAAAAUCCCCUCGGUUGAACGUCUUUCUGCUGAGAAGCUGCUCCAGUGCUCUCCCUCUCCAAACCGCUCCGCACAGAAGAUUACCAUAGCAGCUGCAGGUGGCCAGGCGUCGACGAGGAGCUCAGCCCGACACUCCCUCGUAGUGCGGCGCUCUCUGGCAGGCCUGAGGCACAGCAUGACUCAGGAAGCAGUGCGUCGUGCUUCUCGACGCUCAUUUCUGAAGAAGAAGGCCAGGCUGGGCAACUCGACAUGCAGCAGCACCAUCAGUGGCGACGUGGAUGUAGAACCAGAGGAAAAUGACGAAGCGGUGGAGGACAGGAUGGAGGAGGUGGUUGGUGAGGAAGAGCCAGCAGCAGAAUCGAACACUGAAACCGAGCCAACCCAGCCUGUGGAGUCUGAGCCCGUGAAACCAGUAGGUGAGGCUGUUCCCAUACUGGCGGAUGAUAUGACCACAUCUCCCAAUGUCCAAGAAAACUGCCGCUUCACGCGCUCCAUGGCCCAGCCCUCAGGAUCAGAUGACGGUGGGAAAAACAGUCAGGAUGAUGUUCGGGCGUCUCGCUCAGCUACCAAACGUGCAGCUGCAGAAGCAGCAGCAGAAGUACUCGGCACCCCCAAGAAGAAGCACUCUCCUCCUAAGAAGUGCAUGACUGGCAUCACACCCGGCAUGCGCUCCUUCCUGCACACAGUGCAGAAGAACCAGCUGCUAAUGAUGACUCCAAGCUCUCUUGGUCGUACCUCUGUCAUGAAAUCCUUUAUUAAACAAAGCGGAAAGCUCGAAGUCAAGCAGUUGAGUGCUGGCUCAGUGGAGCGGGAGCGACAGAAAUGGGACGCCCUUAACAAGAAGAUUGAGCAAGAAAAUGAAAGAAAGAAAAAGCUGGAGGAGGAGAGAAGGAAGAAACAGGAGGAACUGAAAAAGAAACGGGAUGAGCGUUUGAAACGUGUAGUGGAGGCCCGGGUGAAAGGAGAAAAGGAGAAAGAGCAGGAAAAGAAAAAGAAAAUAGAAGAGAAAAUGGCACAAAUCGAGAAGAAACAUGACAUGCUGCGUGUGGAGCGGCUCGCUGAGGAGAAAGCAAAGAAAAAGGUGGCAACGAAGCGUCAAGAGGAAUUGGAACUUCGUAAGAAACAGGAAGAAGCGGCUCGGAAGAAAAAGCUUCAGCAAGCCGAGGAGGAGGAGCGGCGACACCAGGAGCUGUUGGCCAAGCGUAAGGUCGAGGAGGAGCGGGAGAAGGCACGCAAACAAGCCGAGGCUGCUCGUGCUCUGGAGCUCAAGAAGGAGCAAGAGAGGGAGCGGGAACGCGAGAGGCAGCGUGAGGAGAGAGAGCGGGAGCGAGAACGACAGGCUGCUGCUGAGAGGGAGAGGUUGGAGCGUGAGAGAGUGGAGCGGGAGAGGGCCCUAGCUCUUCAGAAGGAACUGGAGAGAGCGGCCAAGGAGAAAGAGAGGAGAGAGCUGGAGGAGAAGAGGAAGAAGGAAGAGGAGCAGAAAAGGGCUGAUGAGGAGAGAAUGGCCCAACAGAAACGUGCUGCUGCUACUGCUGCACCCACUACAGUCACUACUGUUGUAAACCUGCCUGUCAGCAAAGCUCUUAAUACUGCAAUUACACACAGUCCUGCACUAAAUGUUACAGUAGAUCUUGAGCAUUCAGUCAUGAAUACUCCUGCUGGCAAAGGGACCGCUCAUAACAAGACUAUUGAUAAAGGAGCAGGGCUUAAUGUUACUGUAGAUGUAGAGAAGUCUCCUCAGUCCUACCAGAUUACACCUAAAGGCAAGAAGGUUGAGGUUUUGGUCAAUCCAGAGGACUAUGGCAUGGACCAGAACAGUGAUGACUCAACAGAUGAUGAGUCAGCACCCAGGAAACCCAUCCCUUCCUGGGCUGAGGGUAUGCAGCUUCAGCAAGCUAUUAUGAAGCAAUAUUAUGACCCAGUGGAUCUGCACUCCUACUUUGGGGUUGUUGAGCAGCCCAACCUGGAGAAGAUUUUCCAAAGGAGCAAACCACGCUUCUUCAAGCGCACAAGCUCUGCUGUCUGGCACUCCCCUCCACCCAUGGGUGCCAUGCCCAACUAGCUGGGAACUGUCUGUUAGAAUUUGUUGUUGUUUGUCUCUUUCUCUGUUUUUUCUUUGUUUGUUUUUUAAAUAUGAAAGCAUUUUAGAUUUUGUGUUUAUAUAAAACAUUUGGAUUUCACGUAAAUAAAGUGCUAUAAAAAUGUA